UCUCGCUUCUCUUUUCUUGCACUUUUACACAUCUUCUAUAGUCAUCAUAGGCAUAGAAUAUGUCUGCAGCAACUGUGCCUCAAAUAACAUCGACCAAAGACGGGAAAACAAAGCUCAAAUAUACAAAAGAGAAGUUAGCGAAACUGUAUGGCGUUGAUCUUUUUGCUGCAGUUUCAUCUGCCGGGAUGGUGGCUCCGUUCAUUGCUAUUGUUGACAGGUCGAUUAUUGAAAAUUUGAAUGGAAAACGAAAGCUUAUGGACGGUUUGAAAUACGGACUUCGAUCCUUUGCUUCACAACCCUUCACAUUCACAACCUCACGACAGUUCCGUAUUGUUCUUGGUCUCUACUCCUCCACCUAUCUUACGGCUAACGUGGUCGAUACCACCUGUGAGCAAUACAAUGUUGAUCCCACCUCUUCCUCUCUAUACAAAUUCAUUGCUACUUCGGCUGUCAAUAUCGUCUUAUGUGUCGCUAAAGAUAAAGUGUUCACUCGCAUGUUUGGUCAGGGUGCUGCACGCCCGUUUCCCAAACUAAGCUAUCUAUUGUUUGCCGCUAGAGACUCACUAACCAUAGCCGCCAGUUUUACCGCACCAUCUUAUAUUGCAGGAUGGUUGCAGCGACAGCAAUGGACAUCAACAGAAAAAUCUGCAAACGUAGUAUCACAAUUAGUGUGUCCAUCAGCCGUGCAGUUUAUCAGCACACCGUUCCAUUUAUAUGCAUUGGAUAUGUAUAAUCGACCGAGUAUAGCAUUGGCAGCAAGAGCACAGCUUGUGAGGAGCGAGUAUUUAAAGAGUUCCUUAGCAAGAAUUGCGAGAAUUGGGCCAGCAUUUGGUAUUGGAGGUGUUGGUAAUCAAUUUUUCAGAAGCUUUAGAGAUCAAGUAUAGUAUGAUGUGUUUAGAAAAACAAUUCGAUGAGAUCAAACUUUUUUUUGUACUUUUUAAGGUUUACCAUUUUUCUCACGGUUAAAAUGCACACAACCCUUCCUAAGUCUCAGUCCCGUGUUGCAUACAUUUGAGAUAUUUAUGACUGUUCAUUAAAGUUAAUAUUCCCUUAUCCCCUAUCAUCCUUACAAUAUUUUCUUGAAACUAGAAUUAAUUCCUAUUGUAUACUGAAUAAAGG